AUGGCAGCGGACAGCGAUGGGCUAGGUGCGUGCGCUGCCUCGUGCGGCGUGGUCGUUACGUGCGAGGGCGACCUCCGCGACCCGCGCUUUCCCGCGCGCCUACGCCGGCUCCUGCGCGAACUGCGGCAGCUUCUCGCCGAGCCUCAUCCGCAUACGCUUAAAGUCAACAAGGUGGAGCCGUGGAACUCGGUGCGCGUAACGCUGUCGGUGCCGCGUGCGGCAGCGGCACGUUUGCGCGCGUUGGCGGCGGCGGGUGCUCCGCAACUGCGUGCGUUGGGCAUUCUCUCCGUGCAGCUAGAUGGAGAUGCUGCCGUCUCGCUACGGUUGCAGCACGGCGCAGAAGUUAGGAUUAAUACUGAAGCUGAUGAUGCGGGUACAUCGAGAUCGCAAUCUAACGAGCUUCUCUCGAACUUGGGUGGCAUAGGCCGCCUUUUGGCCGACGAUGGGGCUUCUACGAGCACCGAAGCCACGCCCCCGCGGGAGAACUUCAAGUCCCCGAACACCGUGUGCCCCAUGGACGGCAAAAUACCGCAGAACAUUCCCACGCCGACCGAUCGCUGUGAAUUCCCCUUUGGCAGUAUGACGCAGGCCAGGGUCAUACACCGCAAGGAGAAUACGUUAGGUCUAACGGCUACUCCUCUUCGGGGAAGUUCAACAGAGGGGCAAUUCGUGCGGCCCUCCACGUCGUCCUUUCCUGGCCCGCCGCCUCCCUAUCCCGCUCCUACGCCCCCGACCCCUACAUCUGCCCCCACUGUCGCCAUGUCUUCGCCCCUAUUAGUCAAUCUCCUCCAGAAUGAUGCGCCUACGCCGCAACCGAGACCGAAAGCGCCGCAUCCGGCUAAGUUAGAUCGGCUUGAGGAUUCACAGGUGGAACUAGCCGUGGGUCGAGCGCCGUUCGAGUACCGCGGUGCGCGGCCGACGCUCCGUCCCCCCACGCCGACGUCUUCUCCCAUCCCCUCCCCUUCCUCCCCUCGACCCAGGCCGAACUUCAUCCGUCGGGCAUUCGUGGCGCGACCCCAACCCCCGACGCAGUAUCGGGCGCCCCCCAACGCGACGAUUGUCACCCGGCAACGGUUUCCGUAUCCCGAGUUCCCUCCGCCCCCGCCCCCGUACAGGCAAGCGGUGCCCAGGCCUAGACCCCAGCCGCCGCGAGUCACUCAGGAAGACCUACAGGCGUUGUUGCCGCCGCCGCCCACCUCUAUGGAUCAGAAGACGCAGUCCAGUUUCCAGGAGUUCCAGCGGUAUCAGCAGCAAUACAACGCCCGGCAGCGCGCCGCGUCCCGCGCCGCCAACGCCCCGCAGCCCGACUGGAACGAGCCCUACCGGGACACGUUGGGACUGGCCUUGCCCGAAUUGCCCGACGGCUGCGACCUCGACCAGCUGCUUCCCUCUCUCCCCCCGGACCUCAACCUGGACGACACCGCCCUCUCCGCCAUCUCCGACCUCGACUCCAAUAAGCUCGAUCUCCUUUACGAGCAGGAGCACUCCAACCCCGAUGCCCUGCUGCAGGAGAUCACCGGUGUCCAGUAUCCCCUGAAUGGGCCCGACGUGCCCGCCCAGAACGAAGUGCCUAAAGACUUCGGCGAGAACAACUUUAUGCCGCCGCCACCGCCGCCCGUGCCUUCCAAGUUCCAGAACAGUCCGAAUCCACCUUUCAAGUCGCCCCCUCCCGAAAGGAUCAACCAUCUGACGAAUAUGCCCCCUCCCCUGAGACUCCCCGUGAGGGCCACGGCUUCGGUCUCGACGGCUACGGUCGGCUCGCAGGCGACGGCUCAGGAGAUCGAGGAGCAGAACAAACGGUAUCUCAUCAAAACUCUCAUGAGAGACGACGAGCCGCCUCCGCCGCCACCUCCCAAGGAGCCCGAGAAGAAGCCGGAGAUCAUCGUCGCCCAGUGUAAAGUCAAAGAUGGGACCGAACCGUCGGAGAUUUUUUCUAAAACGGACGACGACAAGAAGGAUGACGACAAAUCGAAAAGCAAAAUGAUAGCGAAGAAGGACGUCAAGGACGAUAAAUCGAUCGCGCAGAAAGGCGGGAAGCCCCGGAGCGGGGCCAAAGAGAAACCCGCGGUCCUGAAGGAUAAGAUUGUGCGCGACGGAAAGUCUGCCAAAGUUGCCUUAACGCGGCCUCACGUCGCGAAACCUUCGACGCCCAACGCCGAGGCGCCGAAGUCUCCCCCCGGGGAGAAGGAGUCCAUCAAGUUGCGGCUCAAGCUCGAUAAGAACGAGCCCGUCGUCCAACCCGUGUACAAAGCGGAUAUUAGCUUUAAUAACCAGCAACCCAAGGCCGAUAAACCGGCGGAAAGUGAGCCCAGGGUGCCUCCUUUACACAUAAGCUUACGGGGGCGGAAUUCCAAAGUUAUAACGAAUUCUAAAAAAGAAAAGAAAAAAUUAGCCCCGGGCGAGUUACACAAAAAGGUGAAAAUAAGAAAAUCAAUAGAGUCCGAUGAAAAAUCUCAUCGAAGGGAUUCAGAAGAAUCUCUGGCCACAAAAUCGAGUGAUAGCACGGAGAAUUCGAAGACUGAUGAGUAUUUACACGUAAAAAAUAUGAAACUCAACAAUCACUUCGACGGCGAUGGGAUUAAAACGGAUGUCACCGGGGACAAUAACGUAGUUUAUAGAAUGAAGACGAUAUCGAAGAACGCGCAUAUCGUGACCAAACACGACUACAAAUUAAAUAACAAAAUUCAGAAUUUAGAUAUGAAAUUAAAAAAGAAAUCGAAAGUCCUCAGCGACGGUAAGGCGAUAGAAAAAGAAAGAGAUAAAGAAUGGAGGAACGAUUUGCUAGACAAGGAGGGGAAAUACGCGCAAAACGAGGGUUACAGAGAGACAAACAAUCACGAGGCAAAGAAGAAGUUACCGACGAAAGUUGAGGCAAAAUGUGAUAUUAAAUCCAGUGAAGUGCAAUCGGUUGACAGUGAAUGUGAAAAAGACGGCAGUGAAGUGAGACUGUGUCUUAGUGAAAGGACAGCGGGUGAGGAGAAAGAGGACAAUAAGUUAAAACGGACACUUACCGAUAGUGCUAUCACCUCUCCCAAUGGGCUCUUAUCCUCUGAGAAGAAGAGGAAGACCACACAUAGUUCCUGUCCAGAUCCUCCUGGAUCGACAAACGUAGGCACGAUAGGUGGAUCCCGGGGGGACUCCCCGCCCGCCUCUAGUCAGCGAACAGGCGCCGUCUCGCCCAGGAGGAAGGAGCGCCCCAAGGACAAGUCCUACUGCAAACUCGUCGCAGAGAGAACCGCCCGCCCCGAAGCUGAGAAAUUCACUAACAGGUCGCCCAACUCCCAAGCGCAAGGGGAAGACUCGGGAAUCGAAUCCAUGGACGCCUUAUCGGAGAAAUCCCCAAAUCAAGCCAGCCAAUCGCCCCCCGGUCCCCAGAGGAAAGAACGCCUCGAUAUGCCCAGAUCGACCAGUCCCACCUCAGUCCAGAGGAUAAUCGGUGUCAUCGACCCCACCCCCGCUUCUGAUGAACUUUUAGAAAGGCUAUCACUGGCCACGGGGCAACCCCAUUAUGACCCCGGGCCCCCAGAUAUCGAUGACAUAGGGGACAUCGAAGCGGAACUGGCCAAGAUGCACGACCACAUAAACGGGGACGACGCGCCUAGGAGACCGCUCGAUGUAAGCAAUCAGACCAAAGAAGUUAAAAGAACACCCACACCUGUACUAAGAGACGACGACAAGCCGCCUUGCCAAAGUAUAGAUAGAGGAAAUGACCAAGACAAGAAAGAAGAUAUCAAGCUGGAAAGUAAUAUUGCUCAAAAGGAUGAUGCGACGAAACAGGAGAGAAACGUUUCGCCGAAAAAAGAAAAGAGUGAAGAGUUUGAUAACUUACCAAGCAGAGUUUCGCCUCCUCUCUAUACGUAUUCUAAUCAAGAAAAGUCGUCAACGGAAGGACAUGAGAUAAAGGAAGAAAAAUCCGCCGUCGAAAAUGGUGAGGCAAAAAAUUUCGAGACGGAAAGAGAUAAGACAGAGGUCAAAAUAGAAAGAUUACCACUCAAAGCGGAUUUCCCCGAUAAGAGCUUAUUAGAGCAAUUGCUGAUAGAGAUACCGACACCCGAUUACGUCAGCAAACGGCCCGAGUCGCCCUCACCAUCCGCCUUAGAAAGGGUCGCGCGGAGCAGCGUGCGCACGAGAUCGAGCAGCAAAAUGAACAGCCCCGCGGACGGACCCAAAACUCCGCGACUCAGUCCGGGUCUAAGUAAGCUCGAGCGGUCCGAUUCCCCCGCGCUUCAACCGAGGAACUGCUUGAGAAGCAGUUCCGUCGACAAAACCAGUCCUAAAACGGCCCCCGUCGCCAACGCCAAACCCGUCCCCGGGGGAAAGCGAAAACGUCGCGAGUCAGAAAGUUCAUGCACGUCCACCGUUAGCAUAGAAGAGGGCCUAUCGCCGGGCCGAACGAAGAAGAAACCCAGACGGGUGGAUCAGAAACCAGGGAUCCCGGCGGUCGGAGGGAAAGGGAAGAAGGAUUCGGAUAGCGAUAGUGACGAGCCGUUGAUCUGCAAGGUGCGGGGGAAGGGGGUGAAGACAGUGAAACCGGGGGUGAAGGUGGUGAAAGGGGCAGAAGGGGUGGGGACGAGACGGUCCGUGCGCCACGGGGCAGCACCUACCGCGCCUGCCACUCCGGCGCCGCCCAACAGCACCACUGUCAGGCGGAAAACGAGGAGUGCUGUGGGCGAAGGUACUACGGCAAGUCCCAGUGCGGUGCGCAGAAGACGUGCGUCCCGCGACGGCAAGUGA